CCCCUCCCAGGCCCAGCUGUAUUAUAAAAACCGACCCCAAGGGCUAUGCGUCCUCUUUCAUUUUCGCAACAGAGACCAUUUAUUUUCUUCUCUCUCUGAAAACCUCUUAUCUCCUUCUCUCCCUCCUCACCCACGCAAUUCAAUCUUCGUUCACCAACUCGAUCUCAAUCUCAAUCUCAAUCAGGUUCUGGGGCUUCAGAUUCAGAUUUGGAAACCACAAUUUAACAAAAUAAAAAAAUAAAAAAGAAUUAAAUCGAAUUAGGGUUUCGAAUCUAUCAAAGGCGAUUUAACGGAAAAUUCCCAAUUAUUCGCGAUGACCAGCCCUGGAAACCAAGAUUUACAUACGAAUGACGAGAUCGACGGCGUCGAUCGCAUUGCCGAUCAAUCAAACGGUGAAGAAUUGGAGAACUCGUCGUCCUCGAAUGGCGCUGAUAGCUCCGGUGCUGGACCAGCUUCGAGGAGUGAGAUUGGGCUCGAAGAGCGAUUGACGGACAUACUUGUUGACGAAGGGGAUGGAGAUCUGUUGCUCCAGCAGAGCAAUCGAGAGGACCGUGUUUUGCAGUGGCUACAAGCGCUCGAUAUGCAGGUUAUGGGUGCGUGUCGUGCCGACGAGAGGUUGAAGCCCUUAUUGAAGAUGAAUGCCUCGAACGACGUCGCAGAAGGUCGAUUGUUAGCUCAAUUAAGCCAGCAUUUCGAGCCAGCAGAAGUUGGAAUGCUAGCGAGGUGCUUCUGUAUACCUCUUGUUUCCAUUCGUGUGGGAAAGAUCAACAAGCAAGGGACUCUCUUGUGCCCCACUGCUGCUAGGGGUAAUUUAAAUCUUACAGUCUUGCCAACAUCUAAUUUACGCCUUUCAUUCGUUGGGGAUGAUGGUCAUACAGAUAGACUUUUCACUUUAAGUAGCAAAUCUCAAUGUUCUGCUGUAGAAGUCAAUGAGAUUCCAACGGACAAUUCUCGCCGGUCUUUCCUUAUUAAAAUCCCAGGUGGCCGGGUUUUUUACUUUUGGUGCUCUGAGACAUCCCGACUUUUGGGAAUUGAAUUGCUUGCAAAGAUGAAGGAUCUGAUCAAGAGGAAGCCCUCCAUAGCUGAGUUAACUGGAAUCAGUGAAUCACGCCUUGGUUGCUUUGCAACUCACCUUCGUGCCUAUCUGGUGGGAUCAACAGUGGGUGGCAAUGCAGGAAGUUCUACAGGCUCCACAUCUGAUGGGGAUACCACCACAGAGCUAUCUGAUACAGCUCAAGAUGGACAAUUCUCAUCCGCAUCAUCAAAAUCCUUGCGUUCACGGCAUAGUGUCAAUCAGGCAACGAAGGCAAAUUCCUCAUUUCAGGGUAGCCUGAGCCCAAGACCAAGUUCCUUCAAAGAGGGCCUACCCAGAACCUUGUCUUCUUUGAGGAACAUAUCCAGGGAAAAGUUGAGGAGGCGAGGAGACAUGUACCUUUCAGGCAUCGACAUCCCAACAAUUGCUUCAUCAAUCACAGUUGAUGCAUCUUGUCCAAAUAAUGCUGAAAUUGACAAAUGUCCAGAAGUUAUUAGAAGUUGCUCUUUAUCUUCUUCAGGUUUCCUAGAGUCGCUAGGAAAAUUGGCUGUCCCAUCAACCCUGAACCCUGCAUCACAAGUGCCUUACAUAGUUACUCCUCUUUUAUCUCCUUACUAUUGUUGGUGCCCUCCAGGUUCAUCAGAUUUGCAGUUCUCACCAGAACCUCCUGAGCUUCCCGGCUCAUCAAUUGAAUCAGCUUUGCUUCCACCACUUUCUUCUUUAUUACAAGCCAAUGUGCCUUCAAGCAUGUUGACAACAAAACCACCACUUAAUUUGGCUGAUGCUCCCUUGGUCGAUUUCCCUGCUUUUCUCCCAGACCCAUUGGUCAGGUUACCAAGGCCAACUUCUCAGCAGAUCCCGACUUUCACACCGUUGAUGUGUGACCCAAUUGUUCACAUUCCAGUUAUUGAUAUUUGCUCUUCGGGCCAAGGGUACUUGGUCAGCGCUGGUCCUGCUAUUUCAACUGCCAUUUCUCCUUUGCACCCGAAGCUUGUGAACAUUCCCGAAACUGAUUCUAUGGUGGAGAAGGGAGCGAGAGAGACACUGCGGCGACUGCUAAUGAGUAGUUCGACCCAGAGUGGCUCACAGCUCAUAGAUGUAUUGCCUGCCAUGCUGUCAAAUGCACAUGAGAAUCGAAAUAUGCUGGUUGGUGGGAGCCGGGGUCUGUAUAGUGGAACCAGGGACGUUGAUGUAAUUGCAAAUAGCAUUGCAGCCAUGGGUCUGGUUUCACUGUCUGGGAUAUCUACCAGGGGAACUGGUUUAGAUAAUCGUAGUAUCCACGGAAAUUUUGAUAUGCAGGAAGAGGGAUCCAGUGGAUUGGAUGGAUCUUGUUCGGAAGAUAAGGGUACCUUUUGUUCGGAUUUUAGGGUAAAAAGGGCAGAUGAAUAACAAGAAGAAUAAUAAUAAUAAUAAUAAUAGAAUGGUGUCCGUUUGUUUGUUGUGUGUUGUUGUCCCAAGCAAGUAGGUAUGUGUUUUUGGUUUUACUUACAAAUGUAGAUGAUGAUAUAGGUGGCCGUAGUUUAGGCCUUUGGAAUUGUAAUUAGUGCUGCUGAUCCCAUCCUGAGGCUGUGUUCCAUAUUGUGCCGCCUCCAUUGUUCUUGUUCAUGAUUAGAAGAAGAUGAAUGAAAUUUGUUUUCGAA